AUGGAGGGGAAGACUCUGGACAAACAUAAUUCCCCAAAGCAAGUGGAUCUGCCCUUCUCCAUUAAGGAGAUCCUGAAGAAACCAUCAAAGAGGAGAGACAUUCCCAGGAAAGGUAGAGGGGACGCCCACCUGGGUUCUACUGAUACCUUAACACUGGAGAACUCUCCACAGGACCUCUCCCAGGGUCCCAGGCAGGUGGAAAAAUGGGAGCAGGACCCUCAGCAGUUGACACCAGCCCCCUCUCCCAGACACCUCCUUAAAGAGACAACUGCAGGGACAUCAGCCAGCUCCCCAGAACCCCAAGAGACGGCUUCCCAGCUAACUGACUUCCUGUCAGAAAGCUCGGGAUUGCCCUCAAAGGGAGAUAGAAGAGAUGGAGUUGAGGAAGACCAUGAACACAACUUCCUUACUGACCCACCCCUCCAUGAGGAGAGGAAAGGCAAGAGAAGAGUCCGCACCACGUUCACCACGGAGCAGCUCCAGGAGCUGGAGAGGACUUUCCAGUUCACCCACUACCCAGACAUCCACGUCCGCAAUCAACUGGCGGCCAAGAUCAACCUUCCAGAGGCCAGAAUACAGAUCUGGUUCCAGAAUCAGCGGGCCAAGUGGAGGAAACAUGAAAAACUUAGCAGUUUCAGGAACCUUCAGACCCUGACAGAUACGGAUGUCAUCCCAGCACCAAAGUCGGACAUGUCUGGAUCCAGCCUGACACCCAGGGUGCUCCCCAGCCUAGUAUAUCCAAUUGGAUACCAUUUUCCCAUCUCAGAACAGCUGGUCUCUGCCUGGUUUCCUCCCUACUUCAUGCCCAAUCCAUGGAACAUGCUGUCUUUCCCCAGCCCUCAUCUGCGUCUGGAAUGUGUUCCCACAUGCAGCAUUCCUUCCCCCCAACACCCUGAAUGGGGCAAUAUCUGUGCCGGUUUCACAUAG